AUGCACACUUUCCAUCUUCUAUGCGGAGAGUAUACUAUUACUCUAGAAGACAUGCAAUUGCAAUUGGGAUUGCUGGUGGAUGGGUACCCAGUCACUAGGUCCACUCAAUCUACUGAUUGGGGAGCCAUAUGCUACGAGCUUUUGGGUGCUAUUCUGGAUAAUAUUAACGAAGUUUGGAUCAAGAUGGGCUGGUUACGAGACACAUUCCUGGAUCCGAAUAAUGAUUCAAUUGAACUAAAAAGAAUACGAUAUGCUCAGGCAUACAUUCUUGAAAUGAUUGGAGGUUAUCUAAUGCCAGACUUGUCAGGAAACCGCGUACAUCUGAGAUGGCUGCUGAAACUCAUUGAUUUUAGAGCAGCAGUUUCAAUGGACACCACACAAGGAUCCGAUAAUUCAGGCAGUAAUUCCGGAUGA